CAAUAUAUAUUUCAUCUUUCUUUCAAAAAAAAAAAACAUUAAUCCCCUUCAAAAAUACUCGUAAUUAAUAAUUUUCACACAAACUUUGUAAAAUCCCAAUUAUGGUAUGUGAUGCUAUCCGUCGUCCUUAAACCCCUAAUCUUUACAUUUCCCCGCAGCUCCGCCGCAUCCAGAGGCAUGAGCUCCUCCGCCGCCGCCUGCGGCUUGGCCCAGCGAAUCUUUCAGCUCAAAACCGACCCACUCACCGGAAAAUCGGAGUGGGUAGUUAUCGAGGAGGAAGACGAAGAAGACAAUGGACUCCAAACAACCCCAAAAGCACUUCUUGCUACGACGUCGUAUCUCGACAUGCUCAACGAUUCCCGCCGCAAUGCCGCCUACCGUCUCGCCAUCGAUAAGACCGUCAAUACACCCUGCCACGUUCUUGACAUUGGAGCAGGGACAGGAUUGCUGUCGAUGAUGGCAGCUCGAGCUAUGGGACUUUCUGAUUCAAAUGGGAGCUCUAGCUCUAAAGGGAUGGUGACAGCUUGCGAGUCAUACCUUCCCAUGGUUAAGUUAAUGAGAAAGGUUCUCCGAGCCAACGGCAUGGAUGGGAAAAUUCGUCUCAUAAAUAAGAGGUCGGAUGAGUUGGAAGUUGGCUUGGAUAUCCCAUCACGUGCUGAUAUUCUUGUCAGCGAGAUCCUAGAUUCCGAAUUAUUGGGUGAAGGGCUAAUUCCUACUUUGCAACAUGCACAUGACAAGUUAUUGGUAGAAAAUCCACAAACUGUGCCUUACCGAGCAACUACUUACGGCCAGCUGGUUGAGUGCACAUAUUUACGGGAGAUGCAUGAUUUAGUUCAAAGAGAGGCAGAAGCAUCAGAUGGCAUUCAUCUUCUUCCAAGUGGUAUGGCCGACCUUUUAGUGGUCAAAAAGCAACAGUUUGCAAUGCAUUGUAAUGCAAUUAAAGAUGAAAUCAAACUGCUUUCGGAGCCGUUCAAAGUUUUUGAUUUUGACUUUUGGAGGAGGCCAGAUAGUUUUCGUGAAGCUGACCUGCACAUAAAGGCUACGAGUGAUGGUACAGUUCAUGCUAUCAUCUCAUGGUGGUUGCUUCAGCUUGAUAGUGAAGGAACAAUAUUCUAUUCUACGGCGCCGAACUGGGUACCAUCUCCUUCUGAUGUGAAACAGUUGAAAACAUCCUUCCUUAAUUCUGGAGGUUGGUGUGAUCAUUGGAAACAAAGUGUUUGGUUCAUCCCGAGGUCAGGUCUGCCUGUAUUGAAAGACAAAGAGGUCCGGGUACAUGCUGCUCAUACUGAAACCAGCAUCUCAUAUAAUUUCAAGACUUCAUGCGAUAAGAAAGAAGAUGCAAAUGUUGACCUCCAUACUCGAGAUUGUCAGAUUGUUCUGUUGCCGGAAAGAAUUUCUUUGUAUGGAGAUUGUGUCUGGAGAGAUUUGAUGCUCAAUGUUGUUAAGAAAGCUCUCCAUCAGAAAGUAGGUCCCUUAUGUUUAGUUGCAGAUGAUAGCAUCUUCUUGGCAGUUGCUGUUGCCCAUCUUUCCAAGACUUCACAAGUGAUGCCACUGUUCCCUGGUCUUGGAAAGAAGGGCAUGCAGUAUCUGCAAAAAGCUUCUGUAUCUAACAGCUACACCAUGGACCGUAUAGAGUUCCUCAAAAAGAAGGAUUUGCUAUCGAGUCUGCAAGGUUCCCUUCAGCGAAAGAUUGACUUAUUCAUUGCGGAGCCAUUCUAUUAUGGAAAUGACAAUGUCCUUCCCUGGCAAAAUCUGCGAUUUUGGAAGGAAAGAACUUUACUCGAUCCGGUUCUAUCUAAAGAUGUGCUCAUAAUGCCUUGUAGAGGGUUGUUGAAAGCUUGCGCAGUUUACCUUCCUGAUCUUUGGAAAAGCCGUUGUUGCCUGAAAAAGAUUGAAGGGUUUGAUAAUUCAGUAGUAAAUACCACACUGGGGGCAUGUGGAGGUCUACCGGCUACAGAAGACAGUCCUUUUCUGCCCUAUUUUAUUUGGCAGUGUGGUGAGACCAAGAUUCUCAGCAAAACGACCACUGUUUUGGAGUUUGAUUUCUCAAAACCAAUGAGCCCCUGUUCUGAAAAAACUAAGCUUCAAUUUGGAGAAUCUGGGACGUGCCAUGGCUUCGCCCUUUGGAUUGAUUGGGUCAUGGAUACAGAGAACAACACUGUUCUAUCAACGGGACCUGAUAAAAGACAUUGGAAACAAGCUGUGAAGCUUUUGAAUGAGCCAGUAGAGGUUGGGAAUGGCGACUUAUCCUCAACAGAAAUCGAAGCUUUCUUUGAUCCUUCAAAUGGUGAACUCAUUCUAAAACACGACUUUCUCAUGAAUCAAAGGUAGCCUGCGCUGUCUGCAUGUGUUGGCUUAGUGGUAGGAGGUUAAUGUCCAAGACCUGAGGUUCUGGGUUCGAGUCCUUCGUUGUGCGGUCUUUAAAUUUUCUUUAUUUACUUGUGUAAUUUAUCAAAAAAAAAAGGUAGCGUGACCGCUGGUUCUUGUAAGAGUUUCAAUCCUUGAUACGAUCCUUAUCUCUCCUUUGAGCAUGCAACACUAUUAACUGAAAGAGUCAACUUUGUCUGUACAAGACAUGUCGGAUUGCUGGAUUUGAUUGAAUAGUUUGAAAUUUAAUGACGAAUCAUUUUGUAA